AUCUAAUCACCAUCUAUCGCCUGACCCCCUUCCACUCCAGCAAGACGUAUGCUAUUCAUCUCCUUUUGUUGUUGCCCUUGUCGUCUGUACUCUUCCUUCUUCCAUUCCCUCUUUUUUUUUUUUUUUUUGCCCUUUUUCUCUCUUGAGCACGUACGUUGGUUGGAUGUGAUGGAAAACGAUUCCAUAAGACGGAACGCACAUUGCACAUGUCGAACGUCAAAUCUAAUCACCAUCUAUCGCCUGAUCCCUAACACCAUCAGGGUGCUCUUUCUCUCUAUGGUCUGGCGUUUAUGUUUUCCUUCACUUCUUCUUCUGUCUCCUCUCUGUUUCAUCUCCCCCUCUCCCUCUCUCUUUGUGCCACUGCACCAUUUUGGUGGGGGAUGUGAUGGAAAACGAUUCCUUCAGACGGAACGCACAUUGCACAUGUCGAACGUCAAAUCUAAUCACCAUCUAUCGCCUGAUCCCUUGUUGACCCAAAGCGUCAGUGCGCUCAACCUCUGUGUUGUGGUUCCUCGUUUAAUUUGUCAUCUUCUCUCUCUCUCUCUCUCUCUCUCUCUCACUCUCUCUCUCUUUCCUCCCCUAACAAUGUCUUUGCCCGUGCCUGUUUUUCUCACCGCUCGCUCUCUCAGUCACACACACACACACACACACGCACAUGUCUUGGGCGGCUUUGUUUCCUUUGGGAAGCAAACCAACCAACAGGAGCACACAACUUUUCCCAUUUGUUGCUUUUCCCUGGUCCCAAUGACUAGACCAAACCUAUACCAGUUGCACUUUGUCGUGGUGUCUGGCCACUCCACCACACUGCGUCACUCUAGCAACUGACACCCAUUUGCUUUCCAAGUCAACGAGACCCUCUUUCUUCACAUUCUAUCAUUGGUUUCAAACGCUCACUCUCUGGCUCCUCGUUGCUCUGUAUGUUUUCUCUUUGCUGAGCAGGAACGUGUGCAGUCCACAUGAGGCCAUCAUACCCAAGUGGCCGCGUUGUGCGCCGCGCUGAAGCGAGGACUGAUGACUUGCUCAGUGUCAACUUUACCUUUCGAUUAACCAUCAACGAUACCACUACUGGUGUUGUUGGUGCUUUCUUUCUCUGUGACCUGUGGCGGUGUCAACAGUAAACCUUACCUCAAAGCAACA